AUGGGAAAGGGAAAGCCAAGAGGACUGCUGGCCGCGCGCAAGCUGCGCAACACCCGCCGUGAACAACAAUGGGCCGAUCUCCACUACAAGAAGAGACUGCUCGGUACCGCCUACAAGUCGUCGCCAUUCGGAGUACGUACAGCCCGAUAGCAUCACAAAUGAUGAAGAGACGGAUUGCAUGAGGGGAGAAUCGAGAGAGAUGGGCGUGAAGUGAGGACACAGACUGACAUGCAUUGAAGGGUUCUUCCCACGCCAAGGGAAUCGUCCUCGAGAAGGUCGGUGUUGAGGCGAAGCAGCCCAACUCUGCCAUCCGCAAGUGCGUGCGUGUGCAGCUCAUCAAGAACGGCAAGAAGGUCACUGCUUUCGGUAUGAUAUGUCGAAUCUACGGACUUGAGGAACACGCACUGACGUAGACCAGUGCCCAACGACGGUUGCUUGAACUUCGUCGACGAGAACGACGAGGUCCUGCUCGCUGGUUUCGGUCGUAAGGGCAAGGCCAAGGGUGAUAUUCCCGGUGUGCGUUUCAAGGUUGUCAAGGUCUCCGGUGUGGGUCUGAGCGCUCUGUGGAAGGAGAAGAAGGAGAAGCCACGUUCGUAG